UUGUAAUAUGGCGGUAUUUUUGUCUAAAAUUUUCCGUUUUCCAUGGUUUGUUCUUUAAGUUUUACUUUUAAAUAUCCAUCAUUUGAAUCUAGCAAUGUCAGUCAUACUCGAAACUACCAUUGGCGAUUUGGUUAUUGACCUUUUCACUGAAGAAAGGCCCAGAGCGUCUUUGAAUUUUCUGAAGCUGUGCAAAGUGAAGUUCUAUAACUUCAGUCUCUUUCACUUCGUUCAGAGAGACUUUUUGGCACAAACUGGUGAUCCUACUGGUUCGGGACGAGGAGGAGAAUCUAUCUUUCGAUCACUGUAUGGCGACCAGGCUAGAUUCUUUAAUGCAGAAGUUAAACCCAGAAUCAAACAUGUCAAGAAAGGAACUGUGUCUAUGGUUAAUAAUGGUCAAGAUAUGCAUGGCUCACAGUUUUUUAUCACUUUGGGUGAUGAUCUAGAUUACCUGGAUGGAAAGCAUACAGUGUUUGGUGAGGUUGCCGAGGGUUUCAAUGUCCUCGAAAAAUUGAAUGAAACCAUUUGUGAUGAUGGCCACAGACCAUAUCAAGAUGUGAGAAUAACGCACACUGUUGUCCUAGAUGAUCCAUUUGAUGAUCCAGAUGGUCUGCAAGUUCCCGAUAGAUCCCCAGAGCCGACCAAAGAACAACUUGAUAGCGGACGUAUUGGGGCGGAUGAAGAUAUUGACGAUACAAAAGACAAGACAGUGGAGGAGAUCGAAGAGAUGAUUGAACAACGAGAAUUCAAGGCUGGUGCUCAAAUAUUGGAAAUGGUUGGCGACAUACCCGAUGCUGACAUCAAGCCACCUGAAAAUGUUUUAUUCGUUUGCAAAUUGAAUCCGGUCACGACUGACGAGGAUCUCGAAAUCAUAUUCUCAAGAUUUGGAUCAAUCAAAAGUUGUGAAAUAAUACGAGAUUCUGUAUCCAAAGAGUCGCUGCAAUACGCCUUUAUUGAAUAUGAAAACGUAGAAGAUUGUGAACGUGCUUAUUUCAAGAUGGAUAACGUUCUUAUCGAUGAUCGCCGUAUUCACGUCGAUUUCAGUCAGUCCGUGGCGAAACUAGUUCAUACCAAACCCGGUGCAAAACCUGUUUACGAGUUGAAGAGCAAACCGGAUCAUGUGACCCCUAAACUGGGCAUAAAAGAUACUGCGAGGAAAGACAGCAAACGCUACGACAUGGUGUUUGACGAUGAGGACUCGGACGAGGGAAAGCGAAAAAGUCCGAUGGCAAACCGAAGCACUCCGAUACGAAAAGAAGACGCCGUUCUUCGAGCAAUGACGAUCGUUACGAUCGUAAAAGGAAAUACAAAGAUGACUACGAGAAGAAACAAGCCAGAGAAAAAUCAGAUAGACGCCAUUACUCAAGAAAUAAUAGAUCUCCCGAAAGAUCUGACGAUAGACGUCGAAGGUCGUACGAUAGUCACCGACUUUCGAAAGCGGACGAGAGGCAAAGGAAGUCGGAUGAUUCGCACCGUAAAUCAAGAGACUAUCAUCGCCAUUCAGAUGACUCUCACAGGAGGUCGGGGAGUGGAAAACGGAAGUCGUAAGAAAGAAUUCGAAGGUUGGCGAGUCUGUGAAAACUGAAUAUUGGCCGAGUUUAUUUUGGGGAUUGAAUAGCGGCAUACAAGCCGUUAACGAAACCGCCAUUCAUGGUAUACUCUCUCAUGUCAUUUAGCUACGUACUGUGGAUUUCAAUGGAAGCAUGAGUGAUUUUGUAUUGCAUUUGCAAACAAUCCGCUGCUUCGUAUCAUACGUCAGAUGGUUAUCUAGAGACCUCGCGAACUUUGUAAAGACAAUGCAAAAUGCGAUGAAUGAUUUGUAAAAUUCCUGCAACUCAUGGUUGGACGAUUCGCAUUCCUCCUUGGAGUUAUCUGAAUUCGGCCUGACACCGUAGUGCGAUGAUAACGCAAUGAUGUAGUUCGAUGCAGAACAAUAUUUCGAUCUGCCAUGCAUGCUUGCUGGCCUAUGUAUAUGUAUGUAUGUAUGCAGCAGUUCUUCCAGAGAGGAAAAAAGUGUUUUCAACAAAUGGUCGAACAUCUGUUUGCAAGAAAAAGUUUGUAAUAGUUGAGCUCACCUUUAAACGGACGAAUUUUUCACGUGGGUUAUUUUUUAAGAAAAGGAGUAAAAGCUUGUAAAUAGCAACUUGGUAGAAAUGUGAUGGCUCACAGAACGUAGCUUUUAUUUUCGGAUUGCGUUCGGGAAAACAACAAUUCGUAUUCAUAAUUACGUAUAUUCAUAGCGAGAACAAACCAGUAACUACCAGGGAUGUUUUGCAAAUUUUAGGAGUAGGGGAACGCUUUAUUAAGUCUGAUGGGCAUGGCCUACAGUGUAAGGGUGUGGUCACUGGUCGGUAAUAAGUAAUAUGCAAAUUGUGGCAUUUUCAAAUUUACUUUUAAUUGGAAUGACCUUUAAUUAGAAAAUUUUAAUCAAAUCACAGUAUACAGGGCUGGAUUAACCUUUCGUGGGGCCCGUGGCAUAUUUUUAGCCCUGGGCCCUUCUCCCUCCCCCUGGCCGGCUGCAAUUCAGAUUGUCCUAAAAUCAGAAAGAUUAAAAAAUAAUAUGUAUACCAUGAUGUGCAAAAAUAUCUGUAUGUUAAAACAAGAACGUAUGUACAUUAAUUUGAGUAUUUGAAUUGUCAUCCAACCCAGCUUAGAUCAAUAACAUUAAUUGACAAUUAUAUAGAACUUGGUUAUGAAGUAAAAAUUAAACCUAAUUAACCAACUGAACGUUCAUAAGAUUCAGUAUACAUGCUCUGAUGCGGCGAUGCAUGCUCGCUCGACAUGUAUGUAAAAUGUACGUGUAAGUAAUUUUAACACAUCUUUUACUAAAGUCUCAUUUUGUUUGUAAA